GAAAUCAUGCAAGGUUGGGGUCAUGUACUGUCGGGCAGGACAGGCUACCGAGGAAGAAAUGUACAACAAUGAAACGGCAGGUCCGGCUUUCGAGGAGUUCCUUGAGGUGCUCGGCCUCAACGUUCGGCUCAAGGGCUUUCGGAACUAUCGGGCAGGCCUCAACAACAAGUCGGACACCACCGGCUUCUAUUCAGUGUACUCAACCUAUGAGGACUGUGAGAUUAUGUUCCAUGUCUCUACCAUGCUUCCAUACACACCCAGCAACAAGCAGCAGAUCUGCAAGGUGGCCGUGACAACGCUUAGCUACGACCAGAUGGGGGACCUGCUCAAGACAUCUGUGAUGGUCAGUGACACAGUCGUGCCUCUGCACAAGGAUGGCAGCCCUUGAAGGUGUUGCACAUAUGGCUUGCUGGUUGCUUGCCUAGCCGCUGUUGAGUUAUCUGGCAACUACUUGAUCAAAUUAGUUGCUGGUGCAUUGGAUUCCAGUGUUGUGCUGUGGUGCUACAUGUUUAGGCACCGUGCAUUAUUAGAGUGUGACUGUGUACAAUAUCUGUCUAUAAGAACUCCUGACAGCUACAUUGAAACCAUCUUGUACGUUGCCAAAGUGCUGUGCAUUGUUUUAGUUGGCUAGAGCCCAAGCGUUUCAUUCCCUGUUGGCCUCCUUAGUAAACUUGCACUUGUAGCUGCUAAAAAUGCCAAGGGCGUUAAUCCACUUCCGAAAGAAGUGCUUCUUGUGCCGGCUUAAUUUUCCCACCAAGAUUUUCUUGUUUGAGAUGCAGGCGCCGCAGUAGCGUCACAUUUGCCUGAUCGUCACACAAGUCUUCAUUACUCAGGCCCACUGCUUUUACUGUAUCAGUUGGUGUCUUCCUGCAUGCACAAAACAGGAAAGCUUGUUGCCGGUGUUGGUUGCGCAUGUAGUUACGAAGGUUUCAAGAUGAACAGCAGCCUGUUUUGACAUGUGUAAUCGCUGUGCUGUUAGCAAAACGUAAGGAGUACUGCAUUUGCUAACAAUUGCUGUGUGUGCACGAACUCUUCUCAGUUGACCUCAAGAUGGAGGCAUUGCCUCUGCAGGUUUAAACAUUUCGUUGUGUUGCGUUUCAGAGCCUCAUUUAACUACAUUCCUUCAUAAAUCUACUUGUACAAUACCUCAGUCAUUUUUAUCUAUGAAUUUUAUGACCAUUUGUUUUUGCACAGCGCAAGCUAUGUGUGACAUUUGUAGGGUCGUCUACAUUUUUUGUGUUUUGGUGCUGUUUGCCCAUUAAGAAUGUCAGCUAAAAAUGCCUCCCAUAUUUCCCCAUUCCCUACAGUUCUUCAUUUUUUAUUUUGCAGAAAAGCAAUAAUAAAGUAGCCAAAGAUGCAUUCGAAGGAUCA